CUCGUGCAUUCGGUUUAUUUAUCGGGUCCGCGCUUCAUCCCUGUCUGGGGCGGACUUAGAGUUAUGAUAGAGUACAGCAGACACCGCCUUUGAAAAUGUUAGCUAGUGAACAAAACAAGCAUCGCACAGAUGACAGUUGAUGACCGUUACUACGUACAAGAAAUGAUGGCUGUUGUAGGAGGUGUUGUGUUUAGCCUAGCAUGAAUAAUUAGUAAAUAAAGGUGAUAAAACAGAGGUUUGGCAUAAAUGAAACCACUGGACUCAGAUGAGGAGGAGGUGGAGCAGCUCGAUGCUUAUCAAAAGGACCUGAGACAACGGGCCAAUCAGAGCAUCCAGCAGCUGAGCAGUGCUCUGGAGCAGCUGAUCCCUGACGAAGAGGAGGCUGAAUGCAGCCCCACAGCUGAAGAUGACAAGGCUUCAUGGAGCCAGAAAACACAGAGUGAAGCAGUCAAUCAGCUAAAGAGCCUUCUCCUGAAGCAGUGCAAAGAAAUGCCUGCUCCUCUCUCUCCAUCAAAGAAACACUCUCCAUCUAAGAGAGUACAGCAUGAGGGGCAGUCCAGUUUGCCUGCAUUUCAAGAUUUGGUCCCAAUGGUUCACAACCAGUCAGAGUACAUCCAACACCUGGAAGCUGAAGUGAAAUUCUGCAAGGAGGAGCUGCAGGGGAUGAAGCAGCGUGUCAGAGUCGUGGUGGUUGAGAAUGAAAAGCUGAGCUCUGAACUGAAAUCAAGAGCAGCUGAUGACUCUCAAGAUUACACUAUUCAAAACUCAAUGGUAUUGUCUGCCAAUGGCCAAAUGCAACAGAAAUCAGAGCAUUACAAAUGGAAAAAUGAACUGGAUCGACUGAAGGUGAUCUAUCAGGCUCAGAUUGAAAGCUUGGAGACUCAGGUCAUCUCCCUCAGGAAGGACUUGUCAGUCAGUCAGAGGGAAUGUGAAGAAGUGAAGGUUCGGCUGAAACACAAAGAGAAGCAGGUUGUAGAUGCAGUGAAAGCUGAUGGCGUCCCCCGUGUGGCAGGAUUAUGUCUGAAGUGUGCCCAGCAUGAAGCGGUCUUGGCAGGCACUCACACAAAUGUGCACGUCCAAGCUAUUGAGAGACUCACCAAGGAGCGUGAUGAGUUGCUAGUGGCUCUGCGUGCUGUGCGAACCAGUCAUCAAGAGGCCCAGCAGAGGGAAUGGACAGCCUGUCUUCAGGUCAAACAGGCUGCGGAAAUGGCAGAAGAGGCAAACCUACACAAAGCAAGGGUGGAAGUACACUGUGAACAGUUGAGCAGGGAGCUGUCUCGACUGAGGGAACAACAAGAAAAGGAAGCGCAAGUCUUAAAGGAGAGACUCAGCCAAGCCAGAGAUGAGGGCCGGACCGAGUCCCGCAAACACAAAGAACAGCUGGCGCACACAGUGUCCAACCUUUCCCAGCGUGUGGCAGAGUUGGAAGGGCAGCUAGACAGAGCUAACAGAGACAAGACCUCACUGACCAAUCAGCUGGAUGAUACUGUGCACAGAUUAACUACUCAGGAACAAGACAGUACCAAGAUUCUUGUGGAUCUGCGAUACCAGCUAAGCCAGGCCCAACUGAAGAAAGAAGAGGCAGAGAGAGAACUCCGAGAACUCACCACCAAGACCAAGAGGCAGAUAGAAAAGGCUGCACAGGAAGUGGAAAGGCUGAGCUCAGAGCUGGUUGGCUGUCGGCAGCAUCUGGAGGCGGUCCAAAAGGACGGGAGCCAAUGGCAGUCCGAAGCCCUGAGCCUAGCAGAACAGCUGGCAAAUGCCCAGCGCCAACUGCACCUCACCAGGUAUGAUAGGAAAGUGCAGAUUCGGGCUCAUGAGGAACAAAUGGCUUCCACAACCCUCUCAGCGCGGGAAAGGGAGCGAGAGCUGGCUGCACUGCUGGAGCAAACAGAGGCGAAACACCAGCAGAGAGUAGCAGAGCUGGAUGGUUUGCUGAGUUCCCAGACCCUGAUAAGGAAGCUGAAGGAGGAAUGCUGCACACUGGGAGCCGCACUGGAAGAACGGACAGAAAACAGCAGGAGUGAACUGGAGCAGCUGGCUCUGGAGAAACAACACUUAGAGGACACGGUGAAGAGUCUGAGAACGCGCUGCUCCAACAUGGAGGAACAGUGUGUGCAGCACGGCCGCAUGCACCAGCGCAUGAAGGACAGGCUGCAGCAGUUGGACCGUCACUGUCAGAGCAGCGCCCAGCAGGUGUGUGAGCUGCUGGCCAAACAGAACCAGCUGAUGCAGGAGAGAAACACACUCACUGAGGAGAUGCAGAACCUACGCAUCGAGCUCCCCAACACCAGACAAGUCAACAGUCGGACCACAUGAGUCCGUCCUGCCUGCCUCCUCCUCUUCCUCCUCUUCAUCAUCACUACUCCUCUCCUGUCAACCAGAACAAAACAAAACCAGUUACUUAAGGAGGUAAACGUGUCUGUUCAUGUGUUUACAUAUUUCCCAAGUGCUGAAAAGCUGGUUUUAAUUUUUAUAUAUUGCUGUUACUGUAAUUGUAGUGAUGUUUUUAGUUUCUAUUAUCCAUAUUUUUCAGUGGAUUAGCAUUUAUUUUUUCAUAAAUCAAUUCAUUACAAAACCUGAGCUCUAAUAACCUUAAAAGAUGAAACAGUUAUUUAUUUUGAUAGUUUUCAUACAGAAAAAUUAAAGUGUAUUUGAAACAUCUGAACAACUUUUUUUUUUUUUUUUUUAAAUCUGUUGAACACAAAAAAUAACUUUCUUACACUUCAGUGCAUUAAUAUUUUUAGGAUUGAUUUUAUGUUUUGUUGAAACUGAAGGACAUUUUGUUUAAAAUCAAACAUUAAACACUGAAAUGUAAAAAAAAAAAAAAAAAAAAAAAUACUGUGUAAACGCUCAGGUCGACUAUCCAAAUAAAAUGGUACUAAUAAAACACUUUGUUUUUUAUGCUAAAUUGUUCAUUUUUUUUCUGUUUGUCAUAAAAGAAACAAAAGUCACCAUACCACAGCAGAUUGACAUAGUGCUUUAUUGAAGCUGUCUGUAAGAAGGAAAAUAAUGUGCAUCCCUAUCAUAUACAUUUCAUGUGUAAAAAUACUAAGGAUGUACAGUGUAAAAAACAGCUUCAUGUUGAUGGUAUUUUGUUGUUUUCACAUCCUCGUGGCCUCACUGGCCAGCAGCACUGCAUCCUGACAGCAUGAGGGACAGAAAAAGGCUGUUUGAUCUGCUUUUCUGUGACUCUUUGCGGAUCCGCUGGGUUUCCCAACACUGUCUCAGAGUCAACAUCAUCUCUGCUCCACUGACUUCAGUAUUACAGCGCUUUUGGGAAACAUGGCCUGCUCUGAACAGCUGGCGGCUGUCCAGAGAAGGCUCACACAACUGUAAAGCUACAGUAGAUGGACGUGGACAUGAAAUUAAAAAUCAGAUACACUCGGUAAUAUUUUUUUUACAUUUGCCGUUUUUCUUUGCUCGUUGUAAAUAAAUGCAUCUCAUGCUUGUUGGUGUUAUUAAUGAUAAUAGACGAGUACCAGAGAGAGAACAGAGGGGGAGGGAUCCUGUCGCAGACAUGAGGUCAAAUAUUUUCAGAAAUCCUUCCAAAUACUCGAGCCGUUCACUUAUUAUCUGCAGUAAACGCCAGGCGGAGCACUGUUUGUGAUUUCUGGCUGAUGCCGUCGGUUCAUUAACAACAGGCGAGUUUUAUACAGAGCAGCUGAGGUCUUUGAAAGGUUUGAACAUAUUUAAAUACUACUGGAGUCAGAUCUGUUGAGUGAUAGAUGUGUAGUACAAACAGCAGCAGCUUAGGAGUGAACGCCGUCGGUGCAGCGUCAGACGUACAAGUCGAGGGAACUAGUAAAGCUGUACUGAGGCUGGAACUGAAUUUCAGCUCCACCUCGGUUUGUUCAUAAAAAGAGUUCUCCUGUACUCCAGAGUGCCCACGGCUAAUUCACAGCCCUAGUUUUUAAGACGCAACCCACAUUGAUGAAGAUUACUAAGCCCCGCCUUCUCCACUACCAGUAAAUACAGGACACAUUUGCUUCCUGUGACCUCUGACCCUUGACUCAGAUAGGGCCUGGAAAGCAGCUGCUUUUUUUUUCUGUGAAGGAGAGUUGAAGGAAUAGUUUUGAAAGCAAAAGGAGUCGGUGACAUUAGUGAAGCUGCAAGGGGAGUUUUCUUCUUCCCUUCAAACAUUCACAGACUGACCAAUUUACUGAAAAUUCCCAGUGAGUGUGAUUCGCAGCCCACUCCACAUUUGACUUAUUUUUGCCUGAGCCCGGACAUUUGUGGCAUAUGGGACGUAGUCAUCCAGGUUUUUGACAGCUCACGUCGGAGCAACAUCAAAGCUAACAGUGGUAUGUGGAGGGGAGAUGUGCUUUCAAAUUCUCAUUUUCUUAAAAACAUAAAAAAAGCUCAAAUGUUCCUUUAAAGCAGGGCUGAAUCAGAUUCCUCUGAAUCCUAUAAAAAGUGGUGGAUGAGGAAAGUGCUGUGGCCAAAGCUACAAAGCGGUGUUUUAUGAACUCUGGUUUCUAAUGAUUUUGGCGUUAAGCGUGCACAUACAGCUAGAACUCCUCAGUUGCUCGUGGACCUGGGUCAAAUCAAAGCUGAAAUCCUUCCAAAUACUCUUGAGCGUUUGCUUGAGCCUGUCGAGGACGCCAGCUGGGUGGGAUUUGUACUCAUUUUUGAACUAUUCGACUGCUUCAGCGGUGCCAGACAGGCUCAAUUGAUCAAUGGCAGAAAAGUAUUUUUCAUAAGACUUCUGAGUGCCACGUUGACUCAGGACUGACAGUGUGGACAGAGGAGGACUACAGCAUGCAGGCCGGCGCCAUCCUUUUAUUCUUUCUGCCAUAAAGCGUCUUUGCUAGCUAAGAGCAAUUGAACGGAUGUGCAAGAAUAAAGCGUAUGGAAUUAAGAGCAGCGGAAAAUUAGGUAAUGUGUCAUAUUAGAAUAUUUGUAAAGAAAAAAAGAGGAGGCAUUUAUUUUUCAGAACAAAAUCUCUGAAGACUGCAGAAUAAAACACAACUACACCCCCUUAAUCCUAAACUCCAAAACAAUGACAACAAAUAAAUUAAAUAGAAAAGAAAAUUCAAGUUAUCCAUCAAUAAUUAUAAUAAAACAUUCAAAUAAAUAUAUUGGAAUGCAAUUUUCUAUUCCUAAUAAGAGCACAUCCCCUUGUACUCUAAUUCAUGUCAUGUGACAUCUUCCUUCCAAGGACAUGAACACAUAUUGUUUAUUUGGAUAUGAAUUUGAAGGAAAAUAACUGGCAAAAAUGUUGAUUUUGAAGUCGUGGAUGUAGGAGUUUUUGACUUAUUCAGAGCUAAACCAUAAGGCUCACUCGGCGGCUGAAGACAGAGAAAACUGAGGGGAUUGAAAUGUUGUUGGUCAGACUGGAAGACAUGACGACUGAACAACCACAAACAAGGUCCAGACCAGAGAGAUGACAGCACACUUUAAAGACGGAGACGCUUUUGGGUGGUUUACACUGGUUUUUACCUUUAAAUGGAUGUAAUGUCUUCUUUUAUCUAAAAUCCUCUGAACUGACAUGGACUGGCUCCUCUGCACCGCCUUUCAAGCUGACAUUUCAUGUUUCCAACACUUUGUAAAACUUCUCCACCGCUCUAUCUGGACACACUUACUUAAACAGUAGCAUUUACAGCUUCAUUACUGAGUGUUUUUUUUCUCUUUACCACUGUAGAUUAAAACUUCUACACUGCACUUCUGUUCUUUCUGCUCGACUUUCACCUCACCUUUCAAUCUGAACUCUGCCUUCACCUGCACACACACCUGUGAUUCCAUAAAACUAUGGGUGAGAUGAUCGCUUACAGCUGGACGAGUCUGAGUAAAAAUAAUAACAAUAACCCUCCGGGUCAGAUUCCUCUUUUCAAAUGUUUUCUUUCAUCUUCUGUCUUUAAUGUGUGCCGUCACCUCGUCAUUGUCACAUUUUGGUCACAAAACAACACAAAAACAAACCAACAUCGUUAACACAAACAAUGGAGCAGGAAGGCUAUCUGCUUUCCCUCCUACAUUCUUAAGCCAUUUUUUUUCUUGAGGUGCCAUUUUUUUCACUCAGCCCUAAGAAAUAACAAUAUUUUUUUUUUUUAUAGAAUAAUGUAACAAUAGAAAAAGUUAAAUAUAAAACCAAUAAGUAGAACAAUAAAUAGAACAUAUAUAUUAUAGCAAUUGCUGUGAUUGGUGUAAACCCAUAACUGUUGAUGCAUACCUCAACAUGGACCAUAAUGUCUUUUUUUUUUUAAACUCUUAAUAAACCCAAAACCCUUAAUAAGAAAACCCACAGGAAACA